GUUGUGCAUCGACGACCUGCUGUCAGUGGUCCGAGCGUUUGCUGCACGGUUGGAUACAUUGGAGGAGGACUUGCAGCCGAAUCAAAGCACAAUGUCCUUGGCGUCCUCCACCUGGACAGCCGCCAGUUUUCCUGUACCGCCCGCCAGCUGGCUCGCGGAGGUUUCGCUGGCGCGGCUUCAGCUGGCUGUGGUUUGUCGGCGAUUGCGCAAUCACGGACUGAUGCUGCGAAGAUUGCUAGAAAGGGUUAGCGAGGCUGGCAUGGAUCGCAGGCUGACGGGCUACAUGCGAGACAUGGGUGACGACGUGGAAGUUGCUCUCGAAGAUGCCGGGCACUUGAUCGACAGGUGUGGCGCUCUAGCUUCUGCCUAUGAAUCCGCAAUCCGGAGGGAGGCGGAUUCCCAAAGACGCCAGUCCAAGGACGCCCUGACGCUGGAGCAGGAAAAGCAAAACCGCCACGCACAGCGGCUGAACGACACACUCUUCGUCCUGACAACUGCCACGACUCUUUUUGCGCCAGUGCAGUUUCUUGCUGGUGUCUAUGGCAUGAACUUUGCCGUCGAUGGCGAUCCCACCAUUCCAGAGCUCAAGUGGGAGUACGGCUACCUCUACUUCUGGAUCCUGGUCAUUGUGUACCUCAUUGCCAGCAGCGCGAUGGCUGUGGGAGUGUUCCGGCGACUCAGGAUUCAGCAGAAGCUGCCGCCGAGGAAUGGUUUCAGCAGCUCAUGGACCGAGGAAGGUGAAAGGCCACGCCUUCAUGGAAGGCCUUUUGGCGACAGAGAGGAGUUCACCGACGCUACGUACCAGGUCUUGCCAGGAUGA